UCGAAAUCGUUUGUUUUUAUUUGUGAAGCACAUAACAGUGAAAUGAGGUCAAUAUUGCUUGCGCUUCUUAUUGCUGCAACCCAGAUUGGAGCAGAUUCGACGGCAAACAACCCUUGCCAGGGGAUCCUCACUGGAAUCCUGGUGAAUCCUGACGUGUGCUACCAGUUUAUUAUUUGCCAUUUACAAGAAGCGGAGUUCGUGAAUUGUCCCGACGGGGAAAUUUUCUCUCCGGAUUUGAUCACGUGUGUUCCAGGAAACCAAGCAACUUGUGUCGAAGGACUGCCUGAGGAGCCAGAAGAAGACAAUCCAUGCAGCGGAAUAUUGAUUGCUAGAUUCCCACAUCCGGAAAGUUGCACCAAGUACAACAGUUGCCUCUUGGGUCAGUUGAGGGAAAAUACUUGUCGAGAUGGGUUCAUAUUCUCGCGAACAACAUUUUUAUGUUUGCCUGGUAACUCGGAGACUUGUGAGGUGCAGCUGAUACCAACGACAACUACGCCGGCACCAGGAAGUAUCAAACCAAUCCCCUUCGACUACUGUAUCCUGAACAGUCAAGCAUUCGGAAGGUUGCCUCAUCCACAGCUUUGUUCACGUUACGUGAACUGCGCGGCUUAUGUACCAACAGAACGCGAGUGCCCGAAUUGGACGGUGUUCAACGAAAGAAUACGUAUUUGCAUCCCCGGUAACCCGAACACCUGUGCUACGAUCAUCAAUCCGGGUGGAACCACAACCACCACCUUGGCGCCGAUAACCGACGAAAUUUGCGAGGGUAGGCUGGUAGGACUGAUACCGCAUCCGCACUUCUGCUACAUGUAUGUGAGCUGCCUGAGGGGCGCUGCUACGGAGCGUGAGUGUCCCAGGUAUAACGUGUUCGACGAACGGCUGUCGAUUUGCCGACCAGGUAAUCAGGCUACGUGCGUGAUUUAUGGAACAAACUCAGAAUAAGGUGAUUUAUACAAUUAGUUUAGUUCAGCUUUAUACAAACUGUGAUAGGAAGUAUGGAUUUGAAAAAUACUAUUCUAUAUUCGAAUAAAAAUAUUUUUACUAGUCAUGAUAAA